AUGGCAGUGGUGAACACAGACAUCACGGACAAAGGCAUGUCCAGGGACAAGGUCGUCUUCACUUUGGUGGUCUCUGGGAUCCAGUGCGUCACUGGCAUUGUCGGGAACGGCUUCAUCAUGGUCGUCCAUGGGGCCGAGUGGGCCCGACGCGGAAGGCUCCCGGUAGGAGACAGCAUCCUGCUGAUGCUGAGCGUCUCCAGGCUCUUGCUCCAGAUUUGGAUGAUGCUGGAGAAUAUCUGCAGUCUACUCUUCUGGGUCACUUACAACCAGAACGCGGUGUACAUCCCUUUCAAAGUCAUCACCGUGUUCCUGAACUACUGCACCCUCUGGCUCGCCGCCUGGCUCACCAUCUUCUACUGUCUUAAAAUCGCAACCUUCGCUCACCCGUUGUUCUCCAUGAUGAAGAGGGAGAUCCUGGCGCGCAUGCCUGGGCUUCUGAGGCUGUCGCUGCUCAUCUCCUUAGGCUUUAGCUUUCCCUUCUCUAAAGACAUCUUCAACGUGUAUGUGAACAGCUCCAUUCCGGUGCCCUCAUCCAACGCCACUCGCAAGGAGUACCUCUCCGAGACCCAUGUGGUCAACCUGGCUCUGCUCUAUAACCUGGGGAUCUUCAUCCCUCUCAUCAUGUUCAUCCUGGCGGCCACCCUGCUCAUCCUCUCUCUCAAGAGGCACACUCUACGCAUGGAAAGCAACGCCACAGGCUCCGGGGACCCCAGCAUGCAGGCCCACGUGGGAGCCAUCAGAGCUACCAGCUACUUUCUCGUUCUCUACAUUGUCAACGCAGGCGCUCUCUUCCUUUCCAUGUCCCAUGUCUUCAACAACAACAGCCCCUGGAGUAUCUUGUGCAAAGUCGUCAUGGCUGUCUGCCCAGCUGGCCACUCAGUGCUGCUGAUCUUGGGCAACCCUGGGCUGAGAAGAGCCUGGAAGCGGCUGCAGUCCCGAGUUCAUCUUCACCUGCGAGGGCAGCCUCUGUGA